AGUGAAAAAUUAUUUUGAAUAUCAGACAUCCAGAUAUAAAGUCAAUAAAUAGGGGAUUAUACUGUCAAAACUCUCACGUAAAAUGUAUUGGCUGGCUUACCACAGAGAGAUUUUGCAAUAGCUGUGUUAGUAGCAGAGUUGAAAUAGGUAGCGAGAAAGAGGAAGUGAGCAUGGUUAAGCGGUAAAAGACUAUAUAGUCUCACUGCGCUCUUUACUUCAUGAGAGAGUGACUGUACCCAUUGAUAAGGACCAGUGAUGAAGUGCUGCAAUUGCUGUGUACUGCUCAUCUUGUCUGUUAUGCUCUGUGCUCAAUCCAGGGUCAAAUGCUCUUCAGUGGACACUUUUAAUAUGAAGAUUAGGAACACAUCACAUAGCAUAGAUGUGUCCUGGGAGAAGCCAGAUAAACGAAAACGAGAGCAGUGUUACGUGACCCAUGUGCAGUACAAGAGCCUCUGUGAAACUUCCUGGAAGAAUCAUACUGACAUUACAGGACUCUCCUUUGUCCUGCCUGCACCAGAUAUGAAAAAGAAUUAUGCUUUCAGAAUAAGGAUGAGUCUAGAAUGUACCCAAAGUCUCUGGGGAGAAUGGAGUCCAGUAAAAUACUGGAGGAAUGACACAGCACCCUGCAUGACAGACACCUCAUCAUUUACUGUAAAGGAUUAUCUGUUGAUAGCGAUGCUGCCACUGGCGGGUUUCAUGCUUAUCUAUGCACUAACACAUGAUCGGGUAAGAAGACUUGUCCUUCCUAUAAUUCCAGAUCCAAAGCAUACCCAAGAGAGAAUUUUAAACAUUGAACAGAUUCAGUGGUGGAGCAACUUUGCACAAGCAUGUGAAGAUUGCAAGGUAUCAGAAAUAAAGAUCUAUGACAGGGAGGAGGAGAAGGUCGAAAUCACUCUCAUCAAGAGCGAUCUUGAUGAACAACCUACUCACACUGUUCCUGGAAAUCAUGGCUUUGACCUUGCCACAAAUAACAGCAUGAAUUGUAUUUACUCUGCUGAUACAUCUGAGGACAACACUGUUGCACAGUGUCCAGCGACCAGACCAGGCUACAUCAUUAUUUAAAUAGUGACUUCGCUUAUUUAAGCAUGGAUUAGGAAGAAAAAAAUAAUAGUGAACAAGUGUGCUGCUAUGGUACUGUGCGAUUGUCUUAAGUUUGUCUACCUAUUGAACACUGUAUAGAUAUGUUUUCUAAUUUAUACUUAAACCUGCAUAUUUCAA